AUGCCUGAAGACCUAUCCGCCAAAGUGGCCGACAUUAGCAUCAAGGAAAACGAGGCACCUCCUGCUAGCACUGCCGAACAAAACGUAACCCCUUGGGAAGUCGAAGGAGCUGUUGUCGACGGUGUCCAGCAAGCCAUUGACUACAACAAGCUGAUUGAGCAAUUCGGCACACGCGCCAUUGAUGAAGCACUCCUCCAACGCUUUGAGUCAUUGACCGGUCGUAAGCCCCAUGUCUUGUUGCGUCGUGGUACCUUUUUCUCUCACAGAGAAUUGAACCGUAUCUUGGAUCGAUAUGAACAAAAGAAGCCAUUUUAUCUUUACACCGGUCGUGGUCCUUCGAGUGAUUCCAUGCAUCUUGGCCAUUUGGUUCCUUUCAUCUUUUGCCAAUGGUUGCAAGACGUCUUUGAUGUACCCAUUGUGAUCCAGUUGACCGAUGACGAAAAGUUCUUGUUCAAGCAGAAUCUUACCAUUGAAAAAGCCAACGAGUAUGCCUACCAAAACGCAAAGGAUAUCAUUGCUUGCGGAUUCAAGCCUGAAAAGACAUUCAUCUUUUCCGAUUUGGACUUUGUCGGUGGUCCAUUCUAUCACAACAUUGUGCGUAUCUCUCGUUGUAUUACCGCUAAUCAGUCAAGAGCUACCUUUGGUUUCAAGGACACUGAUGCUGUUGGCAAGUUCCACUUUGUUGCUGUUCAAGCUGCACCAUCCUUCUCCAAUUCGUUCCCUAACAUCUUUGGUGGCAAGAAGGACAUUCCCUGUUUGAUCCCCUGUGCUAUUGAUCAAGAUCCUUAUUUCCGUCUCACUCGUGAUGUUGCUCAACGUCUCAAGUACCCCAAGCCAUCCUUGAUCCACGCUCGUUUCUUCCCUGCUCUUCAGGGUCCUCAAACCAAGAUGAGCGCUUCCAUUGACUCCUCUGCCAUCUUCAUGACUGAUACCGCUAACAAGAUCAAGAACAAGAUCAAUCGUUAUGCCUUCUCUGGUGGUGGAGCUACUGUUGAGGAACACCGUGCCAAUGGUGGUAAUCCCGAAGUUGAUGUCGCAUACCAAUACUUGAGCUUCUUCCUUGAAGAUGAUGAUGAGCUUAAGCGGAUCCAUGAUGCAUACAAAUCGGGUGAAAUGAUGACUGGCGAGAUCAAGAAGAUUUGUAUUGAGGUUCUGCAAAAGAUUGUUGGUGAUUUCCAGAAACGGAGAUCUGAGGUUACCGAUGAAACGGUCAAGUACUUUAUGGAUAGCAACCGUAAGAUUGAGCCAUAG